CUUGGAGACCAGUGCAGCCUUCCCAGUUCUUUAGGAGUGCCAGCUUGCACCCUAUUAUUGACGUCACCAUGUGGAUGAUUAAGCUUCUAGCCCUCAGUAUCCUCCUGGUUGUAGAUGCAGCCGUAGACAAGAAGCCAGUAGCAGACAAAAAAGUGGCACCUCCAGCAGACAAAAAAGUGGCGCCUCCAGCAGACAAAAAAGUGGCACCUCCAGCAGACAAGAAAGUGGCACCUCCAGCAGACAAAAAAGUGGCGCCUGUAGCAGACAAAAAAGUGGAGCUUCCAGCAGAGAAGAAGAUGAGCCAACAUGCAAAUGUGCUAGCUGAUAAGAGUGCAGGCCUGGCUUUCAACCUCUACCAAACCAUGGCCAAGGACAAGAAUGUGGAGAAUAUCCUUCUCUCUCCGGUAGUAGUUGCUUCUUCUCUUGGCCUGGUGAGUAUGGGUGGACAAGCCAGCACCGCAGCCCAAGCUAAAGCCGUCCUUAGUGCGGACAAACUCAGUGAUGAGCACAUCCACUCCGGCCUUGCUGAGCUGCUCAACGAAGUGAGCAACUCCACUGCCCGCAACGUCACCUGGAAGAUAGGGAACCGCCUGUAUGGGCCCAGCUCCAUCAGCUUCUCCGAUGACUUUGUGAAAAACAGCAAGAAGCACUACAACUAUGAGCACUCCAAGAUCAACUUCAGAGACAAGAGAAGUACCUUGAGAUCAAUCAACGAAUGGGCUUCCCAGACCACCGACGGCAAACUGCCUGAGGUGACCAGCUCCGUGGAGAAGACUGAUGGAGCUCUCAUUGUCAACGCUAUGUUUUUCAAACCUCACUGGGAUGAACGAUUCCACCAUCAGAUGGUUGACAAACGUGGCUUCAUGGUUACCCGUUCCUUCACUGUGUCUGUCCCCAUGAUGCACCGCACAGGGCUGUACAACUACAUUGAUGAUGAGACAAAUAGCCUCCAGAUCCUGGAGAUGCCACUAGCCCAUAAGCUCUCCAGCAUGAUCUUCAUCAUGCCCCACCAUGUGGAGCCCUUGGAGAGGGUAGAGAAGCUUUUGACAAGAGAAAACGUCAAUGGUUGGGUUGGAAAGAUGAAGACGAGAGCGGUGGCUGUGUCUCUUCCUAAACUCAGCUUGGAAGUCAGCCAUGAUCUUCAGAAACAUCUGGGUGACCUUGGUCUGACUGAGGCCAUUGACAAAUCCAAAGCCGACCUUUCCAAAAUCUCCGGCAAGAAGGACCUCUAUUUGGCCAGCAUGUUCCACGCCGCUGCCCUGGAGUGGGACACAGAGGGAAAUCCAUUUGAUUCUGAUAUCUACAGCCGAGAGGAGCUCAGGUCACCCAAGCUCUUCUACGUCGACCAUCCCUUCAUCUUCCUCAUCAAGGACAAGAAGACAGAUUCUAUUCUCUUUAUCGGCAGACUCGUGAGGCCGAAGGGAGACAAAAUACGCGAUGAAUUAUAGUAGAUUGUGGGGAGGGGUGGGUAGUUUUUAAAAUAAUUUCUGUUUUUUACCAAGAGGAUGGCUAAUGAUGAUGAAUAAAUGUUAGAAUUUACUUCUACAGAGCAUUCCACCAAGGAGAUUGGGUUCAAUGCCUUUGGCCUCACCUAAAAUAGGUGGUAACUGGUGCUACAUACGGGGUCAUUUCUAGCAGUCAUAUCAGUUCAUGGGCUGGGAAUAUUUAUUAUAUCAGGUUAAUUCAAAAAUAUGGAACUCUGUUUUCAGUGUUCUUGUUACAGGUAAGGGAUCUAACAACCGGGAACCCCUUAACCAUAAAGCUCAGAGCUUGUUUACAUAGAGUGCUUUUGUCUGCCUUGGAAAAUAAUGUGAGGUAGUGUAAACAAUCAGACUAGAAUCCCUUUUAAUGGGGUGGUUCACUUUUAGGUUAACUUUUAGUAUGUUAUAGAAUGCCCAAUUCUAAGCAAAGUUUCAAUUGGUCUUCAUAGUUUAUUCUUUAUAGUUUUUGCCU